AUGUCUGAAUUCAAGGAGCAGGUUACCGUCCAGUCUUCUGGUAUCGGCAAAUACAAUGAUGGUCAUGUCGGCUCUUCUACGAAUUCGCUGCCCAAAGAUGCUGUAGUGGCGGGGGCGCAGAGCUCUUCGCAGGCGGACGACUCGGAGCGCCCCGUGCAGCCGGCGGAUCUAGUUGACGAGCAGAAAAAAGGGUCCUUCGCCUACUUCAGGACCAAGGAGUUCUAUAUCACUGUGAUUCUAGGUCAAAUUCUCGCCAUUGCCAAUACCUCAACCGGUACCUUCACCACCCUACUCGGUCUUGAGCAUUGGGCGGUUCCUGCCUUCCAGACCUUCCUAAAUUAUGUUCUCCUAAACGCUAUUUUCACUCCUUAUACGAUGUACCGUUACGGCAUGAAAGGCUGGCUCCGAAUGGUGUACCGUGACGGCUGGAAAUACAUCAUUCUCGCCUUCUGCGAUGUGGAAGGCAACUACUUCAUCGUGCUGGCCUACCAAUACACAACCAUGCUAAGCGCGCAACUGAUCAACUUCUGGGCCAUCGUCGUAGUCGUCGUCCUCUCCUUCCUCUUCCUCCGCGUGCGCUACCACAUCACCCAGGUGAUAGGUAUCAUCAUCUGCAUCGGCGGCAUGGGCGUCCUCAUUGCCUCGGACCACAUCACCGGCACAAACGGCGGCGACGUCUCCUCCGGCAACCAGCUAAAGGGCGAUCUGUUCGCGUUGCUGGGAGCGUCAUUCUACGGCCUCACCAACACGGGCGAAGAAUACUUCGUCAGCACCCGGCCCGUGUACGAGGUGCUGGGCCAGAUGUCUUUCUUCGGAAUGAUCAUCAACGGCGUCCAAGCUGGCAUCUUCGACCGCGCCUCUUUCCAGGCUGCGCACUGGAAUGGCAAGGUUGGCGGAUAUCUUACCGGCUACACGCUCUGUCUGAGUCUGUUCUACUGUCUUGCGCCGCUGCUCUUCCGUCUUUCCUCGGCUGCCUUCUUCAAUGUCUCCAUGCUCACGAUGAAUUUCUGGGGUGUCAUCAUCGGCGUCGAGGUCUUCCAUUAUCAGAUCCAUUGGAUGUACCCGAUUGCCUUUGUCGCCAUCAUUAUCGGUCAGCUCAUCUACUUCCUCGCUCAGAAGGUCCUGAGUGAAGCUCGCAAACCUUGGCUUGGGACUAACCAGGAACGUGGUGUCGUUGGUCUUUUCACUGCGAAGAGGAAGAUCGUGCAUGCUAUCCCUGAGGCGGAAUACCGUGAUCAGACGGAUCAUAUCCCUGCAGCAAAUACCAGCUCUGUCUAA